AGUGACGCGCUAUCACCAAGAAAAACAAUAAUGGAGGCGUGUAAUGUCGUUGAACGUGAAGUUGACAAGAUUUUAUUAAAAUUUGGAGUCGUAAACGAACAUGCAGAGACAGUACUGCAAGAUCUCAUAAAUCAUGUCGAAUCUUUAAAAAAGGAAUUUGCAGAAGCACCAUCCAAUCAUGAAUUAACGCCAGGCCAAAUACAAAUAUUAAAAGAAACAAUGAAAAAGAUAUGUGAAACUGUGCAUCGUUUAACCACUGAACAUAGAGAGUUACAUGGUUCUGUUUCUAAAGUUGGAAAAGCAAUUGAUAGAAAUUUCACUGCAGAUUUUGCAAGUACAAGUAGAGAAGAUGUCUUUUCAGGCCCUGAAAAAUCACAUCUUCUAAAUCAAGUCAUUUGUCAACAUUUUUAUCGUCAUGGUAUGUUAGAUAUUGCAGCAGAAUUAGCAGCGGAAGCUGGAAUUAAAACAGAUGAAGGUACAAAGGAGCCAUUUACAGAAUUAAAUUAUAUAUUGGAUUGUUUAAAACAAAGAAAUUUGGAACCAGCUCUUGAUUGGGCAAAAAAACAUAGAGAGGCACUUUUAGCACAAAAUUCAUCUCUUGAGUUCAAGCUGCAUAGGUUGCAUUUUAUAAGAUUGAUUCAACAAGGACCUAGUAAACAAACAGAAGCAAUAACUUAUGCCCGUCAAAAUCUUACACAAUAUGUUGAACGUCAUGGGAAAGAAGUACAAGCUUUAAUGGGCACGCUACUUUAUUUACCAAAUGGAAUACAAUCUUCCCCUUAUAGUCAUUUAUUAGAUCCUACUUUGUGGUUAGAUAUUCAUGAUGUAUUUACAAGGGAGGCUUGCACAUUAUUUGGUUUAAGUGUAGAUAGUCCUCUUUCAGUAUGUAUCAAUGCUGGUUGUACUGCAUUACCAACACUUCUGAAUAUUAAGCAAGUUAUGCAACAAAGACAAGUAAAUACUGUUUGGAAUGGAAAAGAUGAAUUACCUAUUGAAAUAGACCUUGGUAAAGAAGGUCGUUAUCAUUCUGUCUUUGCAUGCCCAAUUUUAAGGCAACAAAGUACAGAAAAUAAUCCACCAAUGAAAUUAGUCUGUGGACAUGUUAUUUCAAGAGACGCGUUAAACAAACUUACGAAUGCAAAUAAAUUAAAAUGUCCAUAUUGUCCAGUAGAACAAAAUCCAGAAGAUGCUAGACUUAUAUAUUUUUAGAUUACUGUGAUAUAACAAAAUGAACGAUCUGUAUAACUCUUAAGCUAAUGGAAAAGAUAUAUAUAUAUACUUGGAU